AUGGGUCGCCUUCUCUCAAGUUCGAUCUCCCACAGUGCCCGAACUUUGUAUCACUUACGCUAUCGGGUCGCUGCUGUAUUCUUCAUACUUGCGUUAUUCCAGCAACAACAUCUGUACCUCACUAGUCGGCAAGCACUCUCGGAAAAGUACUCUGCGACCGAUUUCGAUUCACACAACGGAGGCCUGCAGACUCGAUCCUGGACGCCUGACGAUGGGUAUACAGUGUUCCAAGACGAGCUAAUAGCAAAUCGAGCAUCAUGGAAAGUGCUUGGCGAAGGCUGGGAAGGCAAGGUGUUCGCCUAUGAAGACUCAGUUAUCAAGACAUUCACACCGGGGCGGAGUCCGUUCCGGAAUUGCGCGCCUGACGCGACCAAAUGGCCCACGGAAAUACCCGCAUCACUACAAUUUGGAGGUACCGCUACCGACGAUGCGAACACAACACACGAUGGUUUCCUUCCUGUGAAGGCACAUUUUAUGGCUUCCACAACGCCUAGCGAGCCAGCGGAAUGGCAUCUCGUUACUCCCCUGUUGAGAAGCGGUAAUCUUGCUUCACUCGCCAGGAAGCUUUCCACGGAAGAACAGCCCAUGUCUUACGAGCAGAUUGAUGCGCGCUAUCGGCCGGCCUUCAACGGACUGUUGGAGAACAUGGGCACUCUUCACGGUGCAGGCUAUUGCCACGACGAUGUCAAACCGGGGAACGUGUUUAUCCAAGACGAGUCCCAUUGGGUGAUAGGCGAUUUGGGCAAUGUGCGGGAGGUGGAACACCCCUAUCAUUCUUCGCGUAUCUGGAAAGAUAAUGGGCAGCUAGACGAUUGCCGUGCAAACGACGUAGUACGAGCUUUGCAAUCGUACCUGAAGUUUGUUCAAUCUUCUGCCGCCGACGAGGAUGACUUCAAUGAAACCUUGUAUGGAGGCCAGGCACCCUUGAGCAGACUCUUUUGGUGGACACUUGCGGAUGCGCCAAGUAUGAGUGCAGAGGAGCUUCGUCAACGGUCUCUUGUAGAGUACCCAGAAGUGGCGCGUGAGAUUGAGGUUGAUGAUAGAUACCUCAAACCCACUCUGCCUCAUACUUUUCUGAGCCUGUUUUCUAAGCGUCGAGCGAUGAAAAAUGCGGUUGAUCAAGCACUUACGACACGAAUUGGUGAAACGCGCGCAAGAAUGUGGGGUAUGGUUUGGCUGUUUGGUGUACCCGAGUCGGAGAUCUGUUGA